UGGAGGGAAAAUAAAAAAUGAUUAAGACCAUCAUUCAGCACGCGAAGAAACAUCCAGGGUUAAUCCCUCAGUUUUUCUUCAUCUCUCUGGGCAUGACGGGGGCCACUCUCUACCUGAUCCGCCUCGCAAGAGGGCCUCAUGUCACCCUCUGGGACAAGAAGAACAAUCCAGAGCCCUGGAACCGUCUGGACCCGACCUACCAGUACAAGCUUGUGGCCAUCAACACCGAAUACAAGAACCUGAAGAAAGAGGGACCCGACUUCUAAAGGUCCUCUGGGAGACGUCAGGGACACCGGAGUUGGCAGGACCUCCCACUGGCGCCUCGCUCGUGUGAAACCUCUUCCUGUGCUUCUCCUUCAUCUCGUCUCGUCGUCUGCGGACGUGACGCUGAAUUAUUAUUGUAACCUUGUGGAAACAGAUAAUUAAAAGUCACAUGAGACCAGGAUUGCCUCCUUUUAGUGCAUCUCAAUAAUCAUAAUAAACUACUG